AUGAGAAAUCGACAUAUUAAUAUUCGAGGCCAUACACUAAUUGUAUCACGGCAGAUUCCAAGAAAAAUACAUUUAUCUCAUCAAAUUACAUGUGGUCUUAAAGUUGAAAUAUCAUCAAACAGUAUAAAUUCAAAUGAAACUUUACAAAUCGAUGUUACAAAAUAUUUUCAACAAUAUGGUAAAAUAAACUAUUAUGAAUAUAUAGGCAAUAAUAAAGUAUACUUCAUAUUUGACGAUUAUGAUAUAGUUGAUCGAAUUAUGCUAGAAAAAACUCAACAUACAUACAAAGGAUUUUCUUUAACUAUUGAAAAAGUUCGAUUGCCGGAUGACAGACGUACAAUCGUUGGUUCAGACGUUACCGAAUAUUGUAUUCAUGUUACGAAUAUGCCAACAAAUGUUACUGGUGAAGAUUUAUCAAGAAUUUUCCGAGUGGAUAUUGCCAAUAUUCUUAUACGACCAUAUAAUGAAUUAAAUGAUCAUCUAGUUGAAGAUAAUCGUAUACAAGUUGAAGCUUGGAUAAAAGAGAUUGGCAGCGAGCAAUCAGCACAAAAAUUGGCAGGAGAAAAAAAUGGAUUUUAUUUGCGUGGUUUCAAAAUUCAAUGUCAAGUUAUUCGUGUACCAUUGAAAAUAUUUGAAUUAUGUAGACAUUUUCAACAAGGAACAUGUUCAUAUUCAAUAUGUUGUGAAAUGAAACAUAUACGAUGUGUUCAACCGGUUACAUGCGAAAAUAAUCAAUGUUGGUAUGGACAUGAUUCAGAGCGCAUUACAAAGUCAAUACGUCGACCUACAUCACGUGAUGAUUGCUAUCGUGUACGAAUAGCAAAUUUUCCACCGAAUGCAACACGACCAGAAAUAUUCAAACGUCUACAAGUGAACUCUGCUCGAAUCCAAGAAAAUCUUAUUUUAUGCAAUGAAUCGAGUUCGACAGAACCAAUAAUUGCCUAUGUUAUCGAUCAAAAAUCAGAGAUUAUAGUUAAAAAAUUAAUUCAUUCAUGGCACAAUCAACUAUUUUCGACAGAUCAACCGUAUAGAAUGAAAUGUCAGUUAGAAAUCAAUGUUGAAUAUUUCAACUCAACUAUUGGAAUUUCUAUAUCGUUAACACCACAAAUUCAAAGUCGAACUCCAUCGAUAAUUUCAAGUACUGACAGUAUGAAAGUUCGUAAAGCAACAACAAGACUCGAUUUACAAAACCGAUUUGCACAAUUAAAAAUUAUGAGCAAUAUAGACCAUAAUGAAGAUGAUCAGUCAUAUUCAAAUAUUGAACUGAUGAAUGAAGUGAACAUAAUUGAACUUCCAUCUUCGUGGGAUUGGGAAAAUGCAACGUUAUUGAAAGGAAGAAUCAACGAAACAAGUCGUGUCUAUUUAGUUAGCGAUCAAACAGACAGAAAUAAACAGGCUGAAAUUAGAAUCUAUUCGACUAUGUCCGAUAGAACAUCACGAUUGCGUAUACAACGACAUCGAAUUGUUCUCGAACGAUUGAAAGAAAUUGAUGGAGUACCAAAAUUGAUCGAUUGUAAUUAUGAUACAUUAACAAAUAAUUCGAAAAUAUCUACAAAACUAUGGAUUAUAACGGAAGCAAUCGAAGGUAUCACACUUGAUCAAUAUGUUGCUGGAAAUGAACCUAAAUUUCCAGAGAUUAUUAAUAUUAUUUUACUAUUAAUCAAUUUAGUAAAAGAUAUUCAUGAACAAAAUGUCGUUCAUCGAAAUCUAACGCCUAGAAAUAUUUUUAUUCAUCGUACGAAUUCAAUCGAAGGUGAUCAAUUUCAUUUGAAAUUAAUCAAUUUUGAUCUUGCUCAUAUUGAUGAGAAGAAGAUCAACAGUAAGAAUCAAAAUAUCUGGUCUCGUGAUAAUAAUCAAUUAAAAAAUGAUUUCUAUCAAAUGCCACAGUUCGAAGUAAAACCAUUGAAUAAUAAUGAUAUUGAUGACGAAAUUCAACAAAUUGAUUCCGAACGACAAAGUAAAACCAUUGAUGCAACUUUUAUUUGUGCUUUACUCUUCUGGAUGAUUACAUUACAUGAACCGAAAGAUUCACGAAAUAUAGACAGAAAAGCACCGCAUGAAUUAAAUGAACAUAUUCAAUUAAUUCAACAUGAACUAAAACGAGUAGCAGUUCGAAAUUCAAGAAAAUUUCAUUCAUUAUGGAGACAUCUUACACUUAUAUUCGAUCGUGGAUUUGCAAAACCACAACUACAAUGGUCAAUUAAUGAACUUCAACAUCAAAUUCAAUUGAUAUUCGAAUUAAUAACGAACAUGAAAAAUUACGAUGAUAGUAUUCAACAAUCAUUGACAACUUCAAUGGUAUCAAAUGAAUUAUUCAUUCGUUUAGCAUCAUUUAUCAAUAUAAUCAAGCAUCAUUUUGUAACUCAUUGUGUUUGGUUUGAUUCCAUACGUUGGUCACUAAAUGAAAAUAAUCGAUGGUCAGGUAAUAAUCAAAUAAUUCAUAAUGAUGAUAUUCUUAUCGUUGGAGAACAUGAAUUACCAAUCAAAUUGAAUAUUAUUCGAUUAGAAAAUGAGAAGAACCUUAAAAUAUGUAUGGAAAUCAAAAUGAAUGAGAUGAAUACUGUCGAAUUACCAUUCGAUGUAUGGCGAGAAGAUGAAAUCGAAAAUGAACUCGGAACUAUUAUGAAUAUAUUCAUCAUGGAAUUUAUGAACUUUUAUAAUGCAUUUAUAGAAUAG